GGGCCAGUGUUGCACCUCUCCCAGCCCAUCCACUUGCUGACCCAUUAUCAUAUAUCAUGUGUCAAAACCCUAGCUCGCUAACUCCUCCUCAUUUCCACUUUACAGGUUAAUCAAUUGGAGUAGGUUCGGUUAGCAAUGGCCCCUAAAGCUGAUGUUGCAAAGAAAGCUGACGCUAAAGCACAGGCUUUGAAGACAGCAAAGGCCGUGAAGACCGGUUCAACCUUUAAAAAGAAGGCCAAGAAGAUCCGCACCAAGGUUACCUUUCAUCGUCCGAGGACAUUGAAGACUGACAGAAACCCUAAGUACCCGCGUAUUAGUGCUCCACCACGAAAUAAGCUUGACCACUAUCAGAUUCUCAAGUACCCGUUGACCACAGAAUCUGCAAUGAAGAAGAUUGAAGACAACAACACUCUGGUUUUCAUUGUUGACAUUCGGGCUGAUAAGAAAAAGAUCAAAGCUGCAGUGAAGAAAAUGUAUGAUAUCCAGACCAAGAAAGUCAAUACUUUGAUCAGACCUGAUGGAACAAAGAAAGCUUAUGUUCGGUUAACUCCAGACUAUGAUGCUUUGGAUGUUGCAAACAAGAUUGGAAUAAUAUAAGGUAAAAUGUCAUUUUAUUUGGAAGUGGAAAUGUAUGCUCAUUGUUGCAGUUUUGUUAGUUUUGUUUUCUUUUGUAGCACUUCAACUUUCAUGUCAUUGUUUUAAAUUUGGAUUCAAUUUUGCUAAUUGAGCUACUGUAUACCUGCUUCAGUUAUGUUUGUUA